AUUGUUAUAUUUAUAGGGACCAAAAACAUAUUUAACCCUUACAAAUAUCCCUCUUGUGCAGAAACCUUAAAAUUCUUAUGUUAUAUCCCUCUUGUUGUGUGCAUAAGAAUCUAGCAGCAAACUUUCAAAUCAGUCCUUUGGUUAGCGAUUUUGCAAUUUUCUAACAAUAAUCAAAUUAAUGGUAACUAGCAAAACUCUUCUCUUAUAUUGCAUUUCAUCAUCACUCGUGCGUUAAUUAAUCUCUUCUAACACACAAAACAUACCUUGUUCCAUUUCUCAUGUUAUGUUACACUCACUACCACCACCUUCAAAAUUCCUCAAUGUCCACAAAACAACGUUACAACGUUCAUUCAAAACAUGUCUUAAACUUUUCCACUCACUCAAAAAACACGAACACAACCUGUUCGAAAAAAUUCCCCAACCAAAUGCUUCCUCGAUUAACCGCUCCAUGCUUAAUUUCUUACAUAAAAAUCUUCCCUUUCAAGCUCUUUCCGUAUUCAAGAACCAAACCCAGUUUCCGUUUCUUCAAAAUAUCGAUGAGGUGACACUUGCCUUGUCGUUCAAGGCAUGUCGGGGUGAGUUCAUAUUGGGUGCCCAGAUUCAUGGAUUUGUUGUGGCUACUGGGUUUGUUUCACGUGUUACUGUGUCGAAUUCGUUGAUGAAAAUGUACUGUAAAGCUGGGAGAUUUGAACUUGCUUUGUGUGUUUUCGAGGGUUUGAGUUGUCCUGAUAUUGUUUCGUGGAAUACUAUUCUUUCUGGGUUUGAGAAGAGUGUUGAUGCUUUGAAUUUCGCGUGUUUUAUGCAUUUGAAUGGGGUGGUUUUUGAUCCUGUGACGUAUACCACUGCUCUUUCGUUUUGUUGGGAUAGGGAUUAUUGGGAUGAUCAUGGGUUUUUGUUUGGGUUGCAGUUGCAUUCUCUUGUGGUUAAAUGUGGAUUUGGCUGUGAAGUUUUUAUAGGGAAUGCGCUUGUGACAAUGUAUUCGAGGUGGGGGGGAUUAGAUGAGGCGGGGAGAGUUUUUAAUGAAAUGACUAUAAGAGAUUUGGUUUCUUGGAAUGCGAUGCUUUCUGGGUAUGCUCAAGAGGGGGAGUGUUAUGGGUUGGAAGCUGUUUUAUUGUUUGGCAACAUGGUGAGAGAAGGGAUGUUGCUUGACCAUGUUUCGUUAACGGGUGCGAUUUCUGCUUGUGGUUAUACCAAAAACUUGGAGUUUGGGAAGCAGAUUCAUGGUUUGGCUCAAAAAUUGGGUUAUGGAACACAUGUAGCAGUUUGCAAUGUUUUGAUUUCGACUUAUUCAAAAUGUAAGGUUCUUAGAGAUGCGAAGGCAGUUUUUCAAGACAUGAGUGCUCGCAAUGUAGUAUCUUGGACGACACUGAUUUCAAUUGACGAAGAGAAUGUGGUGUCUCUCUUUAAUGCUAUGAGAGUUGAUGGUGUUUAUCCAAAUGAUGUUACAUUUAUAGGAUUAUUGCAUGCUAUAACAAUCAGGAAUAUGGUGAAAGAAGGUCUAAUGGUUCAUGGGUUGUGCUUAAAAAGUUGCUUAUCAUCAGAACAAAAUGUCUCCAAUAGCCUAAUUACCAUGUAUGCCAAGUUUGAGUCGAUUCAAGAAUCAAAGAAGAUUUUUGAGGAGCUUAACUAUCAAGGAACAAUAUCAUGGAAUGCAUUAAUUUCAGGGUAUGCUCAAAACGGUUUGUGUAAAGAAGCUUUCCUUACAUUUUUAUCUGCAAUAAAGGAGAUAAAACCCAACCAAUACACAUUUGGUAGUGUAUUAAAUGCCAUUGCUGCAGCUGAAGAUAUAUCUUUGAAACACGGGCAACGUUGCCAUUCUCACUUGAUCAAACUUGGUUUAAACACUGACCCAUUUGUUGCAGGGGCUCUGCUUGACAUGUAUGGCAAGCGUGGAAACAUUAACGAGUCUCAAAGAGUAUUCAACGAGACACCUGAAAAAACCCAGUUUUCUUGGACGGGAAUGAUAUCUGCCUACGCCCGCCAUGGAGACUACGAGUCAGUGAUGAGUUUAUACAAGGAAAUUGAGAGGGAAGGAAGCAAUCUUGAUUCCAUCACUUUCCUAUCUGUUUUAGCUGCAUGUUGUAGAAAGGGUAUGGUUGAUGUAGGCCAUAUAAUAUUUGACUCUAUGGUGAAGAAACAUUCAAUUGAACCAACCCCUGAGCAUUACUCAAUUAUGGUAGACAUGUUGGGCCGUGUGGGACGGCUAGAUGAGGCGGAAGAGUUGAUGCAUCAGAUUCCAGGCGGACCUGGACUGUCAGUGUUGCAAAGCUUGCUUGGGUCUUGUAAAUUACAUGGGAAUGUGGAGAUGGCAGAGAGAGUCGUUGAUAGUUUAAUACAAAUGGAUCCUGGAAGUUCAGGUCCAUAUGUGUUGAUGGCAAACUUGUAUGCCGAGAAAGGGAAUUGGGAGAAAGUUGCUGAAGUGAGAAAAGGGAUGAGAGGGAGGGGAGUAAAGAAGGAAGUGGGAUUCAGUUGGGUGGAUGUUGCUAAUGUUGAUUCCUUGCAUUUGCAUGGUUUCUCAUCUGGUGACAAGUCACACCCAGAGUCUGAGACUAUUGAUAGAAUGGCAGAGUUUUUGGGAUUGCAAAUGAUAUUUUCGAAAGAGAGUGGAGGGACAGGAGGUGAUUGGCAUCGAGAGUUUGAACUAGUGAGCCAUGGAUAGAUAGCUUGACCGUGUUCAUUCAAAACGAAACUGAUGUGUUGAACUAUGUUCAAAUUGUUGGUUAAGUGGGAAAUUUUAGAGGGAGCGGGGAUGGGGACUUUCUUUAAAGAAUUCCUUCAAAGUCCUUAUCCUUUUCAUUUUGGAGUUCCCCCAAAUUCAGGGGGUUUGGAAGAAAAACAAAGCAAUUUAAUUGUGUACACUCAUUUCAUUCAACUACCAAAGAUACAAUUUUGCAAUUCAGUUCCAGAGUUGUAAACCCCAACUUCUUUCCCAACUCUGUACCCUGUCUUUUUCUCUCUCGAUCUCAAAGGGCAUUUGUAUCUGUAAAUUUUUGUUCAUCAACACAGAUGUUUGUGAAUAGCUUGCUUUGAUUCAGGUUCUGAUCAUUAGCCAUGGACCUUCAGUUUUUGGGGUCAAAAAGCAUAACAGAGUAGCAAGAUGGAAAUGGUAAGGAAGCUAUGGAAAAUUAUCAGAGUCACCAAACAGGGCUAAUUUUUCUAAAGGAAUGUCAGUGUCACCGUGAGGGGUAACCUCGGCGCAACUGGUAAAGUUGUUGUCAUGUGACUGUAAGGUCACGGGUUCAAGUCCUAGAAACAGCCUCUUGUGUAAAAACAGGGUAAGGCUGCGUACAAUACACCAAAUGGUGGGACCCCUUCCCGGACCCUGCGUAUGCGGGAGCUUCAGUGCGCCGGGUUGCCCUUUAAUGUCAGUGUCACCAUGUAAGUGAACCAGUGUUAUCGAUGGUGGAAAGCCAAAGGUCUGCCAUAAAAUGCCAUGGCACAGAAAUCCUUCACAAAUUGCCAAUUGGCCAUGGCGAUUGUUAAAAAUGAUUUGUUGUUAUUUGUUAAUAAUUCAUAAGAGAAUGCUGUUUAAGGUUCUAAAUUGCCACGAUUCCUCUACAUCUAUAUGGAGUCUGAUCCUGUGAAUUGCUGUGGAAGGUGUGGAUAUAUUUAAGAAAACUGUUUAUCUUGAUUGUUAUAUCAAUAUCAGUGGGCGGCAGAAACUGGAGCGAAAUUGCUCUUUGCAGUUUGGAGUGAUGAGUGAACAUGUUAGGACUAGUACUAGCACUGAUAUCCUUCUUUCUUGGACAAAUGCAAAUGUAACUCAAUGUCAAUGGAGAUCAUUUAUGGUCUCCCCCCUCUUUUCAGUUCAUGUAUAAUGGAUGGUAUUGGAUAAUGAUUUGCAUAUUUGAUAAAUAGUUCAUAUAGGCUGAAAAAGUAGUCCCUUUUGCGAA